CCUUGUUAAUUUCCCGAUUUCCCUGAUCGAAAGUUUUAAUCUUUUUUUCUCAUGCUAAUGAUGAUUUGGCUUGGCAUUUCUGUUGAAUUGCUUAUUCAUUAAUGCGCAAUUGGAAAGCUUAUGGGUUGUUUCGUUGAAACCAGACAUAACUCUCUCUUGCAUCUCAUUUGUCUUCAUGAUUAUAAAGUAUUGAUCUUUGUGAUGGUUUCAUCUGCUUUGCAGAGAAACGAAGUCAAGACAUUAGAAGUUUUUUGUUGUUGUUGUUGUGUGUGCUUCAGGAGAAUUUUGAAUUUCUUUUUGUGAUAAAAUUGUGUGAAUGGGAGCUCCAAAGCAGAAGUGGACACCAGAAGAAGAGACAGCUCUUAAAGCUGGAGUGCUUAAACAUGGAACUGGAAAAUGGCGUACCAUUCUCUCAGAUCCUGAGUAUAGCUCAAUUUUGAAGUCUCGUUCUAAUGUGGAUCUCAAGGACAAAUGGAGAAAUAUAAGUGUAACAGCUUUAUGGGGAUCUAGGAAGAAGGCUAAACUCGCACUCAAAAGAACUCCUUCGUCGGGUCCUAGGCAAGAUGAUAACGCUACAGCUAUAACCAUUGUGUCUCUGGCUAAUGGUCACAAUGGUGAUGGAGGAGGACAACUGAUUGAUGCACCAUCUCCUCCUGCAGGUUCUUGUGAACCACCAAGAGCUUUGAAAGGACCCUUUACAAGUGUGGAUAAGAUAAUACUGGAGGCCAUUACCAAUUUGAAGAGACCAUUUGGUCCUGACGGAAAGUCGAUCUUGCGGUAUAUAGAGGAGAAUUUCAAGAUGCAACAGGAUAUGAAACGGCUUGUGACUUCAAGACUAAAGUAUUUGACAAAUGUUGGAACAUUAGUUAAGAUAAAGCACAAAUAUAGGAUUUCUCCAAAUUAUAUGGAUGAAGUAGCAAGACAAAGGUCUCCUCAACUCUUUGUGGAAGGAAACAAGGAAAAUACUCCGAAACCCCAGGAGAACGGCGUCAAGAAUCUUACUUACUCCCAAGUAGAUGGAGAAGUCAUAAUAAAGGGCAUGACAGAAAAAGAAGCUGCUGCAGCCGCUGCAAGAGCCGUGGCAGAAGCAGAAUUUGCAAUAGUAGAAGCUGAAGAAGCGGCAAGAGAGGCAGAUGAAGCAGAAGCCGAAGCUGAAGCUGCCCAUAUUUUUGCAAAAGCCGCGAUGAAAGCUUUGAAGUAUAGGAUGCAUAGCCAAACUCGGUAAGAACUAAGAAAUCAUUGAUGUUGUAUCGUUAAUACUGUAUUGUUGAUAUUAUUAUCGUUUUGAUAUUAUCUUCAUGUUAUGUCAAUUUUCAAUUUUGCAUCGCUGCAGUGUUUUUGGUCAGUAACAGUGUUAAUAUCGCAGCUUGUAAUGUCUUCUAACUCCAUUGACUGUAAAACCUGUUCUUUUGUUUUUCUUCUCUUGAUCUGUUUUUGCUAGUAA